CUGCAAGGGUUUAUCAGUGGCGAGGGGGUCCUGCUUAAACCCUGUCCUUCGCUACUCCGCGAGAGUUUGUUGAGCAGGACUCAGUUGGAGAUUUUGGUGUGUUUUUCCUUUUUUUUUGUUCGAAUUGGAGCAAUUCAAUCUCACAAUUUCUUCGUUCCGAUGAGACUUUUACGUCAUGGAAGAGUCGAGGAAUUUGAAGUUGUAGGGAGGGAAAUGGGUUCUGUGACGACAUGAACAUCUGAUUCAAAGUUUUACAGCGUCUCUCUUUCUCUCUCUUUUGUGAUUUGGGUUUUAGGGUUUUAGGGGAGGUUUGUCAUUCUGCGCUUGGAGGUGUGAAGCUCUUCCUUCGUCAUGCCGCCGACCGGUGGCAAAGCGCCAUGGAAGACUGGGAAAAAGGCUCUCAAAGCGAAGGGGGUUGGAAUUGACUUCAAGAGAGUUAAAUCUAAAGUGGGGAGGAAGCUCCCGCCACCUUCGAAUGCUACCAAAACAGACUUCAAGUCGAAAGCGAUUGUAUUACCUGGACAGAGUGUGGCAGCUGAUAAGGAUGGGGUUGCUGUCAAUCAGCGGAAUCAGACCCUGAAAGAGCUCCUAACGCAGAGCAUGCAUUACAGUGAGAAGGUCCGCAAAGAGGCAUUGAUCGGGUUGAAGGAUCUUUUCACCCGUUUUCCAACCGAGCUGCCCAUGCAUGCAAUGGCGAUCGUAGAAAAACUUUCUCCUCGAAUUACAGACUAUGAUAAGGCGGUCCGUCAGACUUUCCUGAUGCUCUUGAAGACAACAAUUCUACCAGGCCUACUCCAGGGUAUGAUGGCACCUCUUGUGCCAGGGUUGAUGGCUCAUGUCAGCAGCGCAAUGACGCAUUUGAUAGUUGAUGUGCGAGCGUCUGCCUGUUCCUUCCUGGAUCUUCUUGUGCAGCACUAUCCGGAUCUCGUGGUGUUGUCAUUUUCAGGCCAGAUUAUGCAACAUUAUGUGGAUCUGCUUGGGAAAGGAGGAAUAAGUGGACAGGCUGUGAACCGACUAGGAGGUGUGCUUGGCAGUCUUGUCAAGUUCUUGGCAUCAUUGAAAGCAAUUUUGUCAACACAAUCCUCGGGCGCAGCUUCCAGUGGCACUCAAACUCACUGCUGGGGUCUGAAAGAUUCUAAUAUAAAACAGGAUUCAACGAUGGAAUUGCGAGCUCUACAUGGGCAUAAUAGUAGAAGACCAGACGGAUAUUUGGGUUUUCAAAGAAACCGUAUUGAGAAUGUAUUCGAUUCUAGUCAGGUUGCCGAUUGUCACUCAAAUGCCGUGGGGGCGGGACAGCAAAUUGGUGUGGCUUCGAAGAGGGUGCAAAACACAGGAGUUCAAGGACAGAUGAUUGUGAUGGCAUCGCCUCUUGUUCCAGUAUUGAUAGAUUGCUGGGCUGAUUGUGCACCCACAGUUUGUGCUGGACCCAUGCCUGAUGCUAUUAAUCUGGGCUGCAUGGUUUCCAUCACUCAAGCCCUGUCCCUUUUGUUUCAGUGUUUCAGCCUAGAAGGAUCUACACAUGGUUCUCACAAGUCACAUCUUUCAUCUCAUUCUGUGAUGAGUGAAGGUGAUUGGGAAAUGCGUGUGUGGAUGAGACGGCAGUUUUUAUCGGGCUUGCAAAAGCAUGUGCUAGCAUCGUUCCCUAUUGCUGCACCUUCCAUACGUCUACCGGCCAAGGUGGAGGAGGGUUUGGUUGCUUUGAAUGUGGGAAUUUGUGAGGUCAUGCUGCACUUGAUUGUUCCUCCGCACAUGGAAAGCGAAAACAAGACCGAGCAUUACGCUACUUUUGUGACUCUUCAAUAUUAUGAAAGUGCCUUGUAUGGAAUGAUGUUACCGUCAUCAGAACUGGCCGCAGGAGUGGUUGAUAGUAGGCUUGCUGAACCUCAUUUAAAAUUGCUUAUAAGCCACUUUCCUCGCCUUCUUUUGGGCAUAGCUCAAGAUUGGAUUACUAGGUUGUCACAGGCUUUCACAAAAGUAUUUCAAUCAAGCAAAUCUCACUCUGUUAUCAAGCUUUCUUGUCUAUCAUCAAUGGCCGAGAUUUUGCUGGCGAAAGGUGGUGAAGUUGACGUACCUAUGCAAUUUAAAAAGCAGUGGCUGCAAUCUCUUCCACGUCUUUUGUGGGAGCUUAAGCAUACUCAUGUAUCUGUCACACAGGCUGUGUUGCGAAUGUUACUAUAUAUAGGUCGUUCUGCGCCAGAGGGUUCUUCGCUAGCCGACGAAUUUUCGGCACUACAGCCUCAUAUGAUACCCUUCUUCUGCUCAUUUAUAGCUUCUACUAGAAGUGAAGUGCAAGGGAAAUAUUUGUUUGGACCAUUUGUCAAACUUCCCAGGGAAUGUCAAGAACUUGCGGUCGAUGUAUUGUGUUACUGGAGUAACUUUUCAAAUACAUUUCUAAAAGCGGUGGCGCACUGCUGUUUGUCUGAUGAAGUAAGUUUGGAGGUGUCAACGCGUGCAGUUGAAGUAUUUCAUAAUGUUUUUAUGCGCGGCUCCUCGGGACUUGUUGAACAUCUAAGUUUUCUAAUGACACUGCUUGCAGGCCAUACUUCAGCUCAAGAAGUCUCCACUGAGAAGGAAUCGCUGGCUGGAGCCUCUUCUUCCAAAAACAGGAUUAAUCUAAUUGUUGCGAGCGGAAAUCAAGGAACAUAUGUUAGAAGAAAGAUAGCAGUCGCUGGUGUUGUUAGCAACUGUCUCACUCAACUUGGAGAUUGCAACCUUGUCUUGAACCUGCUAGGUCCUUCCAUUCAGCAGGAGCUUAUAAGAUAUCCUUCCGUGGGUUCCGUGUAUAGCUUCCUUUGUGCUACUGCCGUGCUAAGCACAGAUAACAGAAGCGACAAGUAUGUUUUGCCAGAAGCAUUGGAGGAGGUUCUACCACAAUGUAUGGCGGAGUUUCUGAUCGCCCUAUGCAAGUUUGACGGCCUGGCUGAAGACGAAGAUUAUUCUGUGGCUCUCCGUCAGCCUGCUUUUGUGCUUCUCUCCAAGAGUCAAGUUUCUGUUGGGGCUGUUUUAAACAGUGUUAAGUUAUUUCUAAGUGAAGUUUCUGAAGUGUCAAGUGGAGAUAUGCUGGAGGACAUGUGCGCAAUUGCACAAAUGCUUUUGCCAAUUUGUAAGCAAGAGAAAUUGUCCAGAGUGCUCUCCGUUGCAAAGCAUCACUUGAGAGACAUUGUUAUUGUUUUGCAGGCACAUACUCCUGAAGAUCAAAGUGAGAAUUUGAGGAAGUUGUGCACUCAACUUGACAUAAUUGUGGCCGCUCUGUAGGAAGCAGCUGGAUGCUAGCACGAUAUUUAGUAGUAGCGGCCUUUCAAUAUGAUUUGUUGGAGCCGAUUGAUUUUGUCCGAAUCACUGAAAUUUAUUAAAAGUUCAGACAUCUGUAUUGGAUAAUUUACACGAGAUAUGCUCAAUUUACAGGAUUUGUUGCAUAUGUGAA